UCUGGAAUAUUCUGCUGACCCCUGAUUUGGGGCUACUCGGUAUGGGACUGGGGUGAUUGCUGGGUGCAUCAGCAGCUGUGUCCUCUUUUUUGGUUCUGCUCUGCAGGUAAGUCCUUCUACUUGCCCUCAUUCAGCUGAGAUGUGUGACUUUUUAUUUGGUAAUAGCAGAAGAUCUGCUUUAGCUUAUUUAGGAAGAGGUAAUGGACACAAGGCCACUGAAUGGGUAGAAAAACCUGAACCAAUGUCUUUUUUUAAAGAUGUCAAAAAUGGUGCGGCGGCUGACGUAGUGUUUCUAGUGGAUUCCUCCUGGAGUGCUGGGAAGGACCGUUUCCUGCUUGUUCAAGAGUUUCUGUCCGAUGUUGUAGAGUCUUUAGCUCUGGGAGACAAUGAUUUUCGUUUUGCUCUGGUCCGACUCAACGGAAACCCACAUACCGAGUUCCUGUUGAAUACGUACCACUCUAAACAAGAAGUCCUUUCUCAUAUUUUGAACAUGUCUUACAUUGAGGGAAGCAAUCAAACUGGAAAAGGAUUAGAAUACAUAAUUCACAGCCACCUCACUGAGGCUUCUGGAAGCCGGGCCACUGAUGGAGUCCCUCAGGUUAUCGUAGUGUUAACUGACGGACAAUCGGAAGAUGGCUUCACUCUGCCCUCAGCAGAACUUAAGUCUGCGGACGUUAACGUGUUUGCAGUUGGAGUUGAGGAUGCAGAUAAGAGAGCCUUAAGGGAAAUAGCAAGUGAACCGCUCAGUAUGCAUGUUUUCAACCUAGAGAAUGUUACCUCACUUCAUGACAUAGUAGGGAACUUAGUGUCCUGUAUACACUCCUCUGUGAAUGCAGAGAGGGCUGGGGACGAGGAGAGCCUUAAAGACAUCACAGGUAAUGCCUUCUUCACUGCUGGGCUGCUCCCCGCCCUGCCGCUCUGUGGCUCUGUGGCUGUGUGUGAGCUUAGCAAAUCCUGGCCUAAAGCAACAUCGUGCCUAAGAGAUGCUGGGGACUUAAGGGAAGAGAUGUUCUCAAGCUUAAAAACAAAGGCGUGACUACCCUUCUUCUUCAGUCUCCUUCAAACACAGCUUCCGCCUGUACCAAGAGGUUUCUGAAACAGCCAACAUAUGAACUUCAAAACCCGCAUUCGGAUGCUAUCCUAGGGUUAGUUUACCUUCCUUAAGAAGAAAGCCUUCCUCUGAUGGGUAGGCAUCCACCUAGGAGCAGGGAGCACCAGGAGGCACUGGGCUGAGGGAGGAGAGGAAGGAAGCCUGUGUUUGUUUGAAAGACAGAAUCAGAGGACA